CUCACUACCAUCUUUAGUUAAAGAGUUAAUGGGUAUUUCAUAUUAAUAUUGGCUGCCUGUCAAGUGACAACCCAUACAAGAGUAUGGAUUGGAAAGUGAAAGGGACUCGCUCACAACCAGCUGUGUUCUUUUCAUUGGGACAUAUGUGAAGGCACUCACUUCAUUUCCCUCUAUAUAAGCAUGUUUUCCCUUCAAUUAAAGACAAUAACUUUUGUUUUGUAUUUUUUCAUCUGCAAAGGAGAACGAGCCACAGUUAGGCCUGCGAAUGUGAGUGUGACUACUGAUGCAACUCCCAUGGUUGGAUUCUCGGCGGUUCCCUUGGCGACCUGCACAGCUUCCAGAUCCCAGCCCGCCGCCCAGGUCUCAUGGCAUUUGGGCACUUUGAUUGAUUCUGUGAAGGUAUUGACCAACGCUGUUAAACAUCUGGAUGGGACAUACACAGUCACUAGCAGUUUGAUUGGAGUCCCAACUGUAGAGAUGAAUCAGCACAAUGUCCAGUGUGUGGUGAGACAUUCUACAUUGAAAGAGGAUCUGGAAAUGAAUCAUAAGAUUGUUGUUCACUAUCCACCUCAGUUGGUCACUGUGUCACCACUUGAGAACUUCUCCAGUGUACAUGGGUAUCAGUGUGAGGCAGAUGCCAAUCCUGCAGCCAGCUUCAGCUGGCACAGUAGGAUGCACCAGGCAAUCCUUGAUGAUUCCAUUAAAGAAGAGGGGAAUAGACUGUACUUCUUGAUACGGACACCUGACCUCAGUGGCCUUUAUAUCUGCAAUGCUUCAAAUAAGUAUGGUGCUGGAUUUGGCUCACUCUACUGGGACAUAGAGGAUAAUAUGGGAGACAUCCAUUCUGAGCUUUGAGCACUCGAUCCUGGACAUUAUUCAACAACAUAUUUAAUUUGUUAACAUUUCUAACAGUCAUGAGCUUGCAUGGAUUUCCGGGGGAUGGUCACCAGUUGAGACUGUUAUGCGCAAGGUUGAAGCGCAUCUUUUUAUGUUCUGUGGGUUCAGGGUUUUAUGGUUACUUCAAUGUUGAAAAGUGGUCUUUAUAAUUUUGCCUCAUUUUUCUUUGCAUGUGAAUGUGUAAUUUAGGUAAAAAUGUUCUAUCUAAUGGAUUCAGCCCUUUAAUAUAAUAAUGCAAAAGUGUGUAGACAGAGAUGCCCAAACCAGGGCAACCAAAGUUGGCCCAUGAUGAUCCCAUGAUUUGGGAAACUUUCAUAUUUUAAUGUAAUAUAAUAUAUUUAAUUCCAGAAGCUGCGAGUAAAUCUCUCCCGCUCUCUCUCUCUUGCAACUGUCAGCAGCGCGUUUGAGCACCUGUUGAAUUUAGUGAGUGCACGAUUUGUCGCGUAGAUACUAUAAAUCUCCACUUUCACAUUCUUCUUGUCUUUUUGAUGGUUCACAUUCUUCAUGUAUAUCGCCCCCUACUGAGCAUGGAGGAGAAUGUAUAUUGGGAAUAUAUGUAAAUAUAUGUAAAUUCUCUCAUCAUUUACUCACCCUCAUGAUAUCCCAGGUGUGUAUGACUUUCUGUCUUCUGCAGAACACAUUUAAAGAAAAAAAUAAUAAUAAUCUCAGCUCAGUCGGUCCAUUGAAGCUCCAAAAAGAACAACCAGCAUAAACGUCAUCCAGAGGUUAAAAUAAUGUCUUCUAAAGUGACAUGAUGUGUGAUGGUGUGAAAAAAUACAAAUAAAUGUAAGUACUUUAAACUAUAAAUUAUUACUUCCGGUUAGCAGCGGUAUGCGUGUGUGAUGUAAUUAGGCGUGUAACAAUUCACUCAUUUCACAAUUCAUUUUAGUUCAUGAUACUGAGCUCAUGGUUUGGUUCACAUUUCUUAAAACUAAGCCUGAAUCAAUAAAAGUUAAGAUUGAUUUUUAUUAUUACUUUAAAGUCAUAUGAAAAUGUUUCUUUCCUUUAAAAUGUAGCAAACAAGUGCUGUUCUUAAUUUUGCUAAAUGGUCCAUCCCUGUCACGUGGAGUUGUAGGCCCAAAAGAAGGCAAUGGUGACACCAUGUCCUAACCAGACAUGGCGUGAUGCCGCGACACACGAUAUAAGUUAUCAUUUCCAUGUUAAUCAGAGUUUUUGUCCUAACUUCUUUAGGCAGGGGAACCUUGAAACAGUACCUACAUUGUAAAUUCUUUAGGCAAAAAACUGAUAAGAAUGAACCAAUGGGAGGCAAAACCAGUAAUCCCACUGCAGCAAAAACAAACCAACGGAAUGAGUGGCACUUAUCUCUUAGAAUAUUGGAGAUGACCCGGUGGCAAAAAUAAGCCAAUCAAAAGAGUAAAAACCGGAGAACAAAGGAAUACACCCUGGGUCAGAAAUGUAGAAAAGAAGGGAACACAGGAGAAAUGGGAUCUUUUCGAGCAGAGCUUAUGGGUGAAGCAGACUAGAUCCCCAGCAGGCUGAAUGAUUUUUGUACUUAUUCUUUCUUGUUAAUAAAUACAAUUUUUACUUUGAAUACUUGACUUCUUCUCCUCAAAAAAGAACACGACAAAAGCAAAGCUUUAAUGAUAGUGUCAUAUUAAUCUACUAUAUGCUGAAUAUUAUGUAUAAUAAUGCUAUGGCGGAAUAUAAUUCUAAUGUAUUAUGUCAUGUCUGAUUUGAAACUGUUAUUAUUUAACUAGAUAAGCAUGCUCUUCCAUUACAUAUGUGUUUAUGAAAAUAAUAUUUAGAUGUAGUCAGAGACAAUUUUGAAUUUAAAACAUUUUAAAUGUAUGUAAUCAGUGUGUAAGAAAUAGAAAUAUUAUUUCUAUAUCUCAGCUCUGUCCAAGAGAGAUGCUGAGUUGCUGCAUUCCUUUCUGUAUGCAUUAUCAAACAUCUGUUUCAUAUUAACUUGGAGUUGUAAGGAGCCCCCUCCUUUUCUUUCUCUGUGUAUACAUUGUGUUGUGUGUAGAUUGUAAUAGUGUGUAUGGCAGAGGUCCGAAGGCUCUCAAGGAAUAUAGGAGCCUUUGCCAUAUGGAAUUGUUAUCUAUGAGGUAAUGUGUGCUCUGAUUGGUUAGAAUUGUGAACUCCCUUCACUAUUGUAGUAUAUCUGUGUAUGCCACACAUAAGAAGAGUUGAGCUACUUUCGCUCCCCAACGUUGGAGGCUUUGUACUGAUUCAUUCAUGACUCAAUAAAAGACGGAGAGAAAAGGCACUGCUAUCGUUUAGAAGACUUUUAUUUCUAACACAGUGACAGUGUGUAAACAUCAUAUGUACAGUAUCU